CUCUAUGAGGACAUGUUUGUUUUUUGUUUUUAGAUCCACUUUAAUAAACCCCACAGUGUCCAUCUGUGGAGAGACAAACCAGUGUGAAUGCAGACUGAGUCUGACCCACCAAGUCAGGACUCGUUAAAGGCCUGUAAAUUCUCUCUGCUGGGAAGAAUUUACUUUUCGGUGAGUGUGUUUGAGGACACACCUCCUCCCUCUCGUUCUGGAUCUCUCUCUCUCUUUCUCUCAGAAAGUUUGUGUCUCUCGUCCAGAAUGAACGUGUUGCUCUCCAUCUCUCUCUGGCUCGCUCUGGUAGUGCCAUCCUGCCGUGGAAAUACAGGAAGUCCUCAAGAUGAUAACUACAUGCCAACACCAACGCCUGAAUACGAUGACGACUAUGACUACAAUGCCACCUUUGACUACUACUACGUGACAAUGGCUCAUGACGCCACAAACAGCACAGAGGACACUACAAUGAUCAUCCCAACUGAGAUUUCAGAAAAUAAAGUGUACGAUGUCAGGAAUACAGAGGAGACAGAGGAGAACAGCACAGGCCUAAACCCUGCAGGAAAUACAGGAAGUCCUCAAGAUGAUAACUACAUGCCAACACCAACGCCUGAAUACGAUGACGACUAUGACUACAAUGCCACCUUUGACUACUACUACGUGACGAUGGCUCAUGACGCCACAAACAGCACAGAGGACACUACAAUGAUCAUCCCAACUGAGAUUUCAGGAAAUAAAGUGUAUAAUCCCACGAAUACGGUCUCGAGGACUGGCCAGCCAACUCUGGUCCUUUCGCUAGGAUUGGCCGUCCUUCAUCUUUGGAACUGAUUGUCGGAGGAAAGAACCACCUGCCACCAGGUGAGAACAGAGGCUCAUC